AGAAAAUUGCGUAUAUUUGCGUGCUAAGUAUUCAAGUAUAAGUACUCAAGCCACACAACUAAUUACACAAUAUAUUCAAACCUCUCGUUGAAAACACUUUAGCAUCUCAAAUGUCAUAAUGACAGAACAAAAAACAUUAAAGAAACAGCCAGUGCUUCCUGAGAAGAUUAUAUGAGAAUUUUGGUAUCGUCAAUACUCAAUAAUUUAAUGCUAUUGGACCUAUUUUGAAAUUUUCUGUGACUUCGCUAAACAUUGACCUCUCGAUAUGACGGUAACAUUUAUUGAAUUGAAUCGUUACAGAAGUUUGUACAAUUCUCUGCCUGCUGUAUAUUUUAAAAUAGUGACUAAGACCUGGUAAGAUGCUUCGGAUAUUCCCGCCUUCCAGAUGAUCACUGCAAAUGGCUGGCAACUUGAUUUUUAGGUUCCUACCUAUCCGAAGGGCAAGAACAGCAGCCUAUUAAGUACUAGGGCUCCGCUCUCGAUUAAAGCUAUAUUACAAAGUGAAAUAAACAACAACUGAUUCGUCCUCCCUUCAUUUUUCCUUAGUAUCACCCUGGAUUCUAUUUUACUGUCGUGUAGUAAUCAUCCAGUGUAAAUUCCACAGGAAUAGAGAGGCCCCGCUGGGCCCCCGAAGGUUGUCAUGCUCUCUGCUCACCACUAAUUGUUGGUUAGACGGUCCUAGCCUAUGCUCCCGCUAACUAAAAAUAUUGAACAUCAUGAGAAUUUAUAUAGAGAAUCAUUUGAAUCGUAAGCGAUCUCAAUCUCGUCAAUACAAUCGUAAUACAUCUAGAUCUUCUCAAAUACGAGUACGCCUGUUGACAAUGUACCUUUUUUAACACAUAAAAACUACGUUGAUUACUCAAAAUAAGGAACUGAAACUCAAAAUACAAUGAGUUACAAUCUUAAUUUUCUAUCAGUUUGAUUGACAAUUUGAUUUUAAUGUCAUAUAAUUUUUAUGCUCUUUACAGUUCCUCGAUUUUGUAACAUUUUUAUUGUUUAUCAUUUUUACAACUAUGUUUAAAGGGGGGCAAACGUUGCUUAAAGCAGUUAGUCGUUGUGUAGGCCGUAGUAAUGCUGUGAAACUCAAAAGAUUCAACAAUGUGCCUAAGAAUCAGUUUAACACAGCGAGCGCGAUGGCCGAUAAAUUCAAGUUACCUACUCGCUAUGGCACCGGUGAAAAGAGCGUCUGGGUGGAGUAUAUUCAAUUGGCUCUCGACCACAAGCCAAAAGCAAACCUUGGACAAGGUUUCCCCAACUUCUAUCCACCUGACCACAUCACAAACGCACUGGCAGCGGCCGCUACCAGUAAAAAUCCACUUUUGAACCAAUAUACUAGGGGAUUUGGUCACCCCAGAUUGGUUAACAGCUUAGCAAAACUGUAUUCGCCUUUAGUUUGCCAGAACCUUAAUCCGCAGACUCAGAUUUUAGUCACAAUCGGUGCAUAUGAGGCCCUCUACACAGCUAUUUUAGGUCACGUGGAUAGAGGAGACGAGGUGAUAGUCAUUGAACCUUACUUCGACUGCUACGAGUUCAUGAUAACUCGCGCCGGCGGCACUGCCAAGUAUAUACCUCUGAAACCAGUACCAGAUCCUAACUGUGGAAAUAACUUAACGUCAGCAAACUGGAAGCUUGACAUGCAGCAUUUGGAGUCGCUCUUCAACUGCUGCACAAAGAUGAUUAUCCUGAACACCCCCCACAACCCCACCGGCAAGGUCUUCACAAUGGAAGAGAUGCAGGUUAUAGCAUGUCUCUGCCAGAAGUUCAACGUCAUCUGUUUGGCAGAUGAAGUUUAUGAGUGGCUGGUGUUUGAACCGAAACAGCAUGUUAAAAUGGCGACCUUCCCCGGCAUGUGGGAGCGCACGCUUACGAUCGGAUCAGCGGGGAAGAUGUUCUCAGUGACUGGCUGGAAGACGGGCUGGUUAUAUGGCCCCGCAAAUCUUAUAUAUAACUGCACAGUCGUACAUCAAAACUGUGUCUACACCUGCCUUACCCCGAUCCAGGAAGCUAUCGCCUCGACCAUAGAAUACGAGUUGGCUCGUUUUAACACCCCAGAAUGCUACCUCAGAUCCCUAUCCAAAGAACUUGUACCAAAGCGAGACUACCUCGCCAAUGCCCUGAAGGAGAGCGGGUUCAUCCCUCAUAUCCCCGACUCGGGAUACUUUAUGAUGGCAGACUGGAGUAAACUGGCGGACAAAAUCGACUUGUCUAAGGAAAAGGAUGAGUACGCUGACUAUAGGUUCACGAAGAAGUUUGCUAAAGAGACUAGCGUUCUUACAUUACCGCCGAGUGCUUUCUUCUCGAAAAAGAGCAAGAAACUAGGAGAGAACUUUGCAAGGUUCUGCUUCAUCAAGCAAGACGAAAACCUGGCAACGGCUGCUAAACAAAUGAAGGACUGGUUUUGUAGUAAAAAGUUGAAAAGUUAAAGUGUAAAGUUUCUCUGAGCAGGUCUCGAGUAAGGUCGGCCACAGACUGUAGAGUUUGGUUUUUGAUUACUUGGGGUUGGGUAGGUAACCGGCAGAAAAGGUGUAUUAUGCAGUGUCUUAAACCUUUUAAAGUGUAAGUCAAUGGGGCUCAAUUUUACAAAUGAACAAAAUAGGGUAUUUACAAAUAAAAUCAUAUCAAUUGCCGGUCAAUUUAAAUGGUUCUUAAUUCUUGCCAGAUGCUUAACCCCUAGUUAAAAAACAUACAUUGCGCCUGCCAAUUACACUAGUUUUAAAGUACAACAUGCUAAACUAUUCUGAUCAGGCGUUUCAACAUACGUAGGAGUAUCUGGCAAAAGGACUUUUAACAAAUAUCCGGCAAUGGAUGAAGCAUUUCAAGAGUUACUCCGAAGAAGAGUUAAAAAAUGAGCCUUGCACAUACACGAAUUUUAAGUAGACACUAUAUUUGACACCUUAAUUAAACUAAUGUCCUCUCAAUUAAACACAGUCCAAACUCUGUAGUUGCUGGUCGUUCUUACUUGUGUCGGAGGCAGAAACAGUGUAGCUUUAAUCUUUUAUUGAAGGUCUAUAUAUAUAUUCUCGAAGGUCGAACUGUCGUAGGACCGGUCUUUAAAUAUGGUUUCGAUAGCAUGUUACUUAACUAUUGUAUUCAAAAAACAUGAAAUAGUUGUUAUUUUUAUUGCUGCAAUCUAGUAGGUAUAAUUGAUGAAUAUUUGAGUUGAAUCUUUCGAUGUUUUUUUUGUGUAGACGUCGAAUCCAAACGUGCUCACGACCCAACGACUGCAUGGCACGUUAAAAAUGCCACUUUUUGAAGUAUGUACUUAUCUCUUAAUAAACUUGCAAAAAUAUA